UGUUUAUAUUGUGGUUCUUAACCAUACAAUUCAGGAAAGUUCUGGGUUUCUACCUGAGAGGAGUACAGUUUCCCUUUUUGUCUCCAAAACAAGGAGGGAAAGAUUUAAAAUCAGUACAUCUAGUAGCUGUAUACUCACACCCCGGAAAAGGAAGUUAUCUUAAGGGACAGAAAUCCUCUGUCCCUUGCCAAUCUGUCUUAAAUGCGACUUUUCCAUACCAAGCAAAUAACUUUUAAUGUCUCUGGGGGUAGUAAGAGAUAGACAAUGAGCUGCCUUGUUAGCAUUAUGCAUAUUUGGGGCAAUUUUUUAAAAAAACCUCUGGUUUCUGGAUAGUUCAUGACCUUUUGAUGUAGAAAAUACAUGUAUAGAAUAUUUGUGGAUAUAAUAUUUGGCUUUGCUGUGAAUUCCUCCACCACACUCCUGUCGUAGGCAACUAACUUGCAUCUACUUGUUACCUGGUGUCAUAUGAUGAAUAGCUACUUGGUAAGUUACCAGUGAGCUAUUGUGAAACUGGAAUGAGUCAUCCCUUUUCAGCCAGGAGCAGAAAAUAUUGAGCCUCUGACUUGAGCGCAAAAAUAAAACAUGACAAUGCAGUAUUGAGGAAAUGUUGCAUAAUCAAAUCCUUUCAAAUGAGAAAGUUCAUCCACCACCACCUCGGAUAUAUGUAAAUUAUCCUAUGGCAAUUUCAAACCAGAGGAUUGGCUUUAUUCCCUACGUUUUGGCCAAUAUUAAUCAUUCAACCAACAUCAAAAAAAUGGAUGAGCUGGCCAUCGUCAUUUGGCUGGUUGCAUGAGUUGCCUGGUUUCCUACAUUACAACAGCAACUACACUUCAAAAAUUGGCUGUAAAUGGUCUUGGGACAUAAGAUCAUAAGUGCUACAGGGUCCUGGGACUAAAGUGAAAACACGUGUGCUUUUGCAAGCAAAUUACAUGCUCCAGUGAUGGUGGAAGUCACUCUGCAACCAAUUGGUAUCUCUGGUUGUCAAGAUGGAAGAUUUACCAGAAUAACUGACUCCGAUGCCAAAACCGUUUCGAAUCUUUUGUAUCAAGAAAGGCGAGUGAUGCAGCUUAUCCCCAGACAAGAAGAUCAAAAGAACAGUGGAAUGAUGCUGCGCCACAGGAGUGUCCAGAAAAGCAUCUUUGGUUUAACUUCAUGAAGCAGUCUUCUCAUCACAACAAAACACAAAUAAAGCUUCUGCCCUUGGAUUUCUACAUUUCUGUCGUGUAAAACACAGCAGUCCAUGAGGCACAUGCAUCUGGAAACUUCUCAGAAAGAGCAAUCUAAGGAUGUACCUCGGCAUGCUGCAGGCCAUGCAGAUGGCAGCUUUCAAGGUACACCAACAAAUGACUAUCGCUUGGACUCUAGUGAUGUCAUCUCUGAACGAGGAGUUUUGGCAGAAUACAGUGAAAGUGAGGUUAGAUUUCAAAAAGUGUAUCAACUUUCAAUAUUUUCUCACCUAUCUAACUCUUCAAAUACUUUGGAUCAGAGACAUUGCAAACAGGGUAUUAAAAGAAGUUCAACUGAGCAACAUCCAGAACUUGAACUCAAUCAGAAAAGAAUCCACGUGCACUGCAAAAAUUCUGUCACAUUAACUGAAAGUCUAAAUGCAUCUAAUUGUGGAACUGAUAAUGGCAAUCUUUCUGAAAAGGCAUUAGAAAAGACAGGUGACUAUAUAAAUCAACAGGACAAUAGUUUCCAGGAUGGAGACCCAGUUAUGCAUGGUUCUGCACAACACUUUUAUCACAGUGGUUUGCAUGUUAUUGAACACACAGGCUCUGAGUACAGUACCCCAAUAGAAGAUGGGGAGAUAGGUUCACCUGGCGAUAAAUUAGUACCAACAACACCAUCAUCUGACAAAGAGAUUCACAAUAUUACCAGCACUGGACUGCUAUCCUCUGAGAAAACACCAUUAUCCUGUGGACAAUCAAGUACUGCGUCUGCCAGAUGUACAGUAAAACGAAAGCUGCUAUCGCCAACAAAUGCAUCCGGGAAAGAGAUGUGCUCAGGGGAUGAAAGCCCUCCUGUUGCAAAGAAAUGUAGGAUUCAACUAAUUAAUUCUAUCCCAGUUUCUUGCAGAAGUACUGAUGCCAAAGCAGCACCUUUCUGGAAUCACCUACUUCCAUCCUCAAGGGAUGCAUCCAAGAAUUCUUCUGAUUGUAUCAAUGCUGGCAGAAGGUUAAAGAAUGGAUUACGUCUGAAAUCGUAA